AUGUCUGUUAUUAGAGAAGAUUUAAUUUAUACUACACUUAAUAAAGCACGUGCACUAACGGAUCAUAAUAUUUACAAUGAUUUUCACAAACAAACUGAAUUUUGUAAACAAACAAUUCUUGCUGAUGAAUCACUUACAAAAGAUGAAAAAUCUGAAGCAAUAAGAAUUUUGACUGCAACUUAUGAUAGAGGCAAACUUGUUUAUAAUGAAGGAAUAAGAGGAAAUUGUAGUGUGGUACUUAAAAGACUAGAAAAUGUUGAAGGUGCAAAUAAACGUUGGUUUGAAGAGGCUAAUUCGCAUUUAAAUAUAUGUAAUAAAUUGUCAGAUGCGAUUGUCCAAUGUUAUGGUUUAACAAAAGAUCCAUUAAAUGGAGAUUAUAUGCUUUUAAUGAAUAAAUUGGAUACAGAUUUAAGAAAAUAUUUACAACAAAAUCAUAAUCAACUUACAUGGAAAGAAAGAAUUCAAAUUGCUGCUGACAUAAUAUUAGCACUUUCACGAGUCCAUAAUGAGAAUGCAAUUCAUAGGGAUUUGCAUUCUGGAAAUAUACUAUUUAGAACUAAAUUUAAUAUUAGUGAUCUUGGAUUUUGUGGACCUGCAGAUAAACCAUUAAAGAGUGAAUAUGGAAAUCUUCCUUACAUUGCACCAGAAGUUAUUGCAGGAAAAGUAACUACUUUUAAAUCUGAUAUUUAUAGUAUUGGCAUACUUAUGUGGGAAAUUUCAUCUGGACAACCACCAUUUAUUAAUUACGAACAUAAUUAUGAUCUUGCUAUGUAUAUUAUUAAUGGUAUAAGACCAAAAAUUGUAUCAGGAACUCCUUUAGAAUAUAAAAAUUUAAUGGAACAAUGUUGGGAUGCUAAUCCAUCGAAUAGACCAGACAUUGGAAUACUUAGGAAAAGAAUAAGAGAACUUAAUUUAGACUACCAAAAUAAAUCAAAUGAAUUAUUAACCCAACUGGAUGAAGAUAAUAGUUUGGAAAUAGUUGAUGAUUUUGAUAAGUUGAAUAAUCAGAAGAAUAAUUCAAAAAUAAUUAGCAUUUUUAAAGUUGGUAGUAAAAAAUUAUCCAAAAUAUUCAAAAGGAAUUCAAAAAAUGCUUAUCAAUAA